CGCUUACAUGCGCGCUCGAGACAUUUCCGAUAUCAAGAGUGGGAUGAAUUAUCAAACAUACAUGAAGGGAUACACGGCGAUCGUGAACUUCAGCAGACAAAACUCUUCCGAUAACCCACCCAAGCUAUACGAGCGAUUCGACGCGUACUUCGCUGACGUCGCUCGUUCUAUCCUAGCAUCCUUGCUUCCCGUCGACCCGGCCGCCAGCAAAGACGACUCCAUAGAAGAACUUAUCUUGGGAUCCCGCAUCGUCGCGCGCUUUGAAGCGUACAAAGAUGGAGCUGCCUUCGUCGACCGAAUGUCUGCGUACCUCAAUCGCCACUACGUCCGGCGUGAGGUUGACGAGGGCAAAGGCUGGUCGCGGAAGGAAAACAUCGUCGACAAGAAAAUGUUUGAGGACGCUGCUCAGGAAUGGCGCGCCCACCCAGCGGAGAUGCAAAAGUUGAUGAAAAAGUGGAGGGAAAAGGAGCUCAAGCGUUGGGGAUUCAGCCAAGAAGAUCAAGGGAGGGGGGGCGGUACGGCGGCGGAAAAGGAGACUAUGGCGGUACAGCGCGCUGAGGCCGGCAGUAAGCUGUUCGUCGUCGUAUCGACCCGGGCGGUGGCGCUUAGGAGGUUCCGGACCGAGGUAAUCGAGCCGCUCUUAGGAUACGAGACGGAAGCUGGCCGGAAUGUGUCGAGGGGAGGAGCUAAAGAGGCUUUUGCGAGGAUCAUAGACUGCGUCACGGAGGAACCUGGAGAAAGGGAGAAA